AUCUUCUUGGAAACCUCUCCGCCAUGAGAGCUAAGUGGAGGAAGAAGCGAAUGCGCAGGCUGAAGCGUAAAAGAAGAAAGAUGAGGCAGAGGUCCAAGUAAACCGCUAGCUUGUGCACCCAUGGAGCCACAGGAGCAGAAAUAAGGAAAGCCAGAGGCCAGGGACGCUGGUACCAAUUGUUGGACUGCAUGCCUACUUUCUAGAGCUUGAUUCAGUGGAUCUAGAACAUCCAUCGCCAUCUGAUCGCAACGACCACCUUUGAGAGACUCGCCUUGUUCAUAUCAGAAGUCCCUUUUGGUCCGUUGCUCUGGACCUGUGACUUUCGGGACUAAUUCUGUUUUCAUGUGUGGCUGAAUGUAACAACGUAUACAAUAAAUCUUCUCUUCUGCUGUCUUAGCUGAAGA